AUGGGUGUCGUACCCGUUUACGGGGCUGAAGAAACCAGCAGUGCUGUUCAAGCCCCUCACGAUUACACCAACUGCGUUCCAGCAUAUACGUACAAGUUGGUGAUUGUUGGAGGAGGAUCUGGAGGCAUGACAAUGGCCAACAAGUUUGCCAGUAAACUAGGGAAGAACCAAGUUGCAGUGAUUGAACCUAGUCACGUGCAUUAUUAUCAGCCCUACUUCACACUGGUAGGAGGUGGGAUCAAGAAACUGUGCCACGGGGGCAGCCACAAGGAAAUGUCAGAGGUACUCGACAAGAACGCCAUCUGGAUUCACGACAAGGCAGUUGAGUUCCAGCCUGAGGCAAACCAAGUGCUGACUGCCUCAGGGCGCGCAGUUUCCUACGACUUUCUAGUUGUUGCCAUGGGGAUCCAGACAAACUUCGAUGCAGUUGAUGGUCUGUUGGAAGCCCUGGAACAAGACCCGCAAGUUUGCUCCAACUACCAUGCCAAAUAUGUGAGCAAAACCUACCCGGCUAUAAGGAAUUUCGAAAAGGGCAACGCCAUCUUCACAUUCCCCAAUACCCCAGUCAAGUGUGCUGGAGCCCCGCAGAAGAUCAUGUACUUGACUGAUUGGCGCUUGACCCAGAUGAAGAAGCGACACCUGGCCACCAUCAUGUACAACACGUCGCUGCCCGUCGUGUUCGGCGUGAAGAAGUACGCAGCUGAGCUGACCAAGGUGAUGCAGUCGCGCCAUCUGGAGCUCAACACCCGACUCAACCUCAUCCGCGUCGACCAUCGUCGUCGAGAGGCAGUGUUUGAGCACUUGCCGUCACCAUCAUCACCUUCAUCAUCAUCAUCAUCAUCAUCAUCAUCAAAUGACGAUAACCAGCAUCAGCUGACCUCGUCCGUGUUCAAGUAUGACCUGCUCCACGUGUGUCCGCCUCAGAGUGCCCCCGAGGUCAUCAGGAGGUCCAGGUUGGCUGACCCACUGACGGGCUUCCUCCAGGUGGACAAGUACUCCUUGCAGCACGUCAAGUACGGCAACGUGUUUGGCAUCGGCGACUGCACGAAUGUGCCCACUUCCAAAACCGCGGCUGCUGUUGCAUCCCAGUCAAAGACACUCAGAAAGAACUUGGAUUUGGCCUUGAAGGGAAAGCUGGACAAAUUGGGCAAAACAUACGACGGCUACACUUCUUGUCCUCUCGUCAUUGGCUACGACAAGUGCAUUUUGGCAGAAUUCGACUUUGACGGGAACCCGAUGGAGACGUUUCCAGUGGACCAGGGCCAGCCCAGGACGUCCAUGUACUUGAUGAAAUCCGAACUGAUGCCCGUCAUUUAUUGGCAGGGACUGGUCAAGGGCUACUGGGAAGGACCUUCCUUCUUCAGGAACACCAUGAAGGCCCUGCGACUCAAGUGAUUCACAUGCAUGCAGUAUAUAUCAUUCAUCUCAAGUGGAAUUGUGCUGCUGACUGACUGACGAUUAAUGAUGAUGAUGAUGAUGAUGAGGAUGUAAUUGUAUUGAGCCUGUAGCUUUAUAUACGCGUGCUAUUACAUUUCCUUGCUGUGUUUUUUGAUUUUGCGAAUGAUGAUGUCAUAUGUAUAUACUGUACUGUAUACAGCACCCAUGAUGUGAGAAAUGCACACGUGAUAUAUGUUUGGAAAAUGCAAGGGGCAGUGCUUUGGAUGGAAAUCAAUGUACUGUACUGUACAGUUACGUACUUAUUGCUGACGACGAUCGAGGG